AUGUUUGCUACCCGAGGAAAACCGCGGGUAGAGAUUCCGUACGAAAAUCGUAAAAAAUUGCCAAUAAAUUUAAGAGGAUAUUAUGUACAUAGACUUUUAGUAAAUGCAGUUGCAAUGUGGGCUUCUCCUCGUUAUGCAUGGCAUGUUUACAGACUUCUUGACGAAAUUCAUAGACAAGAACGUGAAGAGAUGGAAAAGAAACUUCAAGCAAAAGAUGAAGUCAUUGAAGCAAAAGACAAAAGCAUUCAGAAAGAGAUAGAAUACAUUUCGAAGAAAUUGCAAUCUUACGAUUGGAAGACUUACCCUCAUAGAUGUCUUCUUAUCUUAGAUGAUUUCGCCUCUCAUCCUUUGUUAAAGAAUAGAGAACAAGAUAUGUGUCGAAUUCUUAAGAAGCUCAGGCACUUUAACAUCUCAGUUGUCAUUUGUGUACAGACAGCCAAGAGUUUAAGUAAGGAUGUUAAAAGAAUACUUACUGACAUUGUACUUUUCCCCGGAUUGUCCGAAGACGAUUUCAUGGAACUUAUGAAAGAGUCCAUGGCAGGUAAGUUUGACAGACAUGAACUAUGGGAGAAGUACAAAGUCAUACAAGACCCUCAUACUUCUUUCAGAAUUCAUAUCUACGCAAACAAAGUUCAAAUUGUAAAAAGUCAAGCUUGA